AUGGUGGAGUUAUUGCUCACGGCCCGGGAGAGUGGAGGGGUCAGAGUUCACAGAGCCGCCGGCUUCCCCAGCCUUUCAAACAGGCUGUCCUGGUCUGAGGGCAGAGGAGCCACGGCAAUCAAGAACAACGUGACUGAAUUUGUGUUGUGCCUUUUCCAGAGUAGGGAAAUGCAGCACGUGUGCUUUGUGGUCUUCUCCCUCUUCCACGUGCUCACUGUCUUGGGGAACAUUCUGGUCAUUAUCACCAUCAAUGCCAGCAAGACCCUCAGUGCUCCCAUGUAUUUCUUCCUCAGCCACCUGUCUUUUGCCGACAUGUGCUAUCCAUCUGCUACCACACCCAAGAUGAUUGCUGACAAUUUCGUGGUGUGCAAGACCAUCUCCUUCAAUGGCUGCAUGACCCAACUCUUUUCUGCUCACUUCUUUGGUGGCACUGAGAUCUUCCUCCUCACAGCUAUGGCCUAUGACUGCUAUGUGGCGAUCUGUAGGCCCCUGCACUACAUGACCAUCACCGAUUGGUGGAAAUUUGGCCUGCUGCCUGGGGCCUCCUGGGUGGCUGGCUUUGGGCAUUCCAUCUUACAGACCAUUCUCACAGUCCAGCUGCCCUUUUGUGGGCCCAAUGAGAUCGACAACUUCUUCUGUGAUGUUCAUCCCUUGCUGAAGCUUGCCUGUGCAGACAUGGUGGGGCUUAUUGUGGUGGCCAACAGUGGCAUGAUCUCCUUGGUGUCCUUUAUCAUCCUUAUUAUCUCCUAUGUGGUCAUCUUAUUGAACCUGAGAAGCUGGUCCUCUGAGGGCCGGCGCAAGGCUCUGUCCACAUGUGACUCACACAUCAUCACUGUCCUUUUGGUCCUUGUGCCCCCAGGUUCCAAAUACUUUGGAACCUCCCUUAUCUUUUUUUCCCCCAACUCCAAAGUGUACAUUCAAUUGCCCCUCACAAUCCCGGGCAGAAACUGGCUGCAGCUCUUGCUGCCUAUGGGUCCUGUUCCCCUCCUUUACUAA